AUGUCAGAUCAAUCGAGGCCCCGACCCUCUUCAGGGCCUGGCACUGCUGACGCCGAGCGGGGUGGUGUCCAGACCAAGAGUCAUCUGUACUAUGGGAAAAUCACAGAAACCGCCAGUGCUACUGCGGCCGCUGUGCGGGAGGAAGAGGCCCCCCAGGAGCUCCAGCCCUCGGAUUCCGAGGAUCGACCACUGCCCUCUAGUGAGAGCCCUCAGGAUGGCGAAACAGGAGUGCAGAUGGAUGCAGCGGUGGCUCAGCACGAAGAGAAGCUGAAAGCUUUUCAGAUUCAGCAAACGGCUUCGUCCUUCAAAACCUCAGCUCCAACUAUUGAUGCGGAUGUGCGAGAUGCUCUCAGGCGUAUGGGAGAGCCGGUUACACUUUUUGGAGAGGGUCCCUUCGAGCGGAGGGCCCGUCUUAAGGGGCUGUUGGCGGAGGGGCGAACCAUCCCGGCAGGUGUUGAUGCGCCGCAGCGGCCUUCAUUGCAUUUGGGAGCUCCUGCUGCCCGGAUCAUAGCCGUGAAGAAGCAGCAAGCGAAGGCGGAGGCUGGUGCGGGGGCUGCCGAGGCAGAGGAGGUCACUGAGGAGAUUGAGGGGACCUUCUAUACCGAGGGGCAGCCCGCCUUGUUGGCGUUCAGGAAGCUUUGUGCAGCUGCGAGCGGUCAGGCGGCGCAGCAGCGGCUGCGGAGGGAGACGGUGUACAGACAGCACGCGCAACAGCUUCAGCAGGAGAAGAGUCUUUCGUGCCUCCCGCCCAGCAGCCCCAUCUUAGAUAUGCACUUUUUUAAUAAAUUUAUUCAGCAGAAAAUGUCUCUGGCCGCGUCAAUUGUCGGCGAUGAGCGGCCCCUUACCUGUUGCCGUUUUUCUCCGCCCUCUCCGCUUGCUGCGGAAAUCGCAGCGGCAGACGCAAGAGGUGGGGGUUCAGCAGGCGCUGCGCAGGGAGAGGCGGCACUUCGGGCUGAAGAAGAGGCGCAGCAGCUGGAAUUUGCUGGCGGAAGCAAGACGCUGCUGGCGACGGCCUCUUGGGGGGAGAGUAGUUUGCUGCUGGCCAGUGGCUCUGCGGAUGCCACAGUAUGCCUUUGGGAUUUGGGGAGGGCGGCGAAGUGUGGACUGCAGGGGGCGUCCGCUGCCUCUGCGAAGCUGCUUGUCGGCAAACUAACAGGCCACGAAGAACGAGUCAAUAGAGUCGUUUUUCACCCUACAGGACGCUCUCUAGCCACUACCUCGCAUGACGAGACAUGGAGACUCUGGGACGUGGAGACAAGACAAGAAAUUCUUUUGCAGGAGGGCCACUCAGCUGCGGUGUAUGCGCUAUGUUUCCAUCCCGACGGGUCGCUGGCAGUUACAUCCGAUUUAAUGGGACUGGUGAAGGUUACGGAUCUGCGAGUGGGACGGGGAGUGGUGGACAUUGCCGCGCACGUAAAGCAAGUGGUGGCGUUGUCUGUACACCCCGUGUGUGCCAACUGGAUGGUCACCGGCGGCGAUGACAACUGCGUGAAGCUUUGGGAUUUGCGCAAAGUUGCGACAACGUCCGCUGCAGCGCGUGCUGCUGCGGCAGAGAAGGGAACCUCCGCAGCAGCCUGUGUUUCUCAGGCGUUGCUUACGAUCCCCGCUCACACUAAGAUGAUCACGGAGUGUAUCUUUGAGCCAGGGAGUGGGCGGUGUCUAUACACUUCGGGUUUCGACGGGCUGGUGAAGGUCUGGUCCUGCACGGACUUUUCUCUGCAGAAAAGCCUCCCCGCUCAUGACGGGAAGGUAAUGGGCAUCGACAUCCUAGAGACUUCGCAGGCCUUCCCAAGCGGCUCCGCCGAAGGUGUUUCCCCGUUGCAUAAAGAAGUCAAAGAAGAACACGCGAACGGGUGCUCCACCAAGGAAGACUCCCACAAGGACACGCUUUACGACGGGGAGGAAAGAAGAGGCAUCGGUGGCGGAGACGUCGUUGCCAGCGUGGGAUUUGAUCGGACGUGGAAGCUUUGGCAUUGUAACGGGUUGUACAGUCAGCAAGAAACCAGGGAUAUGCUGUUGCAGCAGUAUAAGGAAGAAAAGCCCGCUGACUCACCUGGUAUUUUUCCCCCUGUGCACGAUUGCUUAAGGCUUUCGCUAAAAAGCUUAGAUGCACGGAGAAGUCAGGCAGUCUCGCCGUCUGAAAUCAUUUUGCGGUUUGCCUGUGGAAGCAAGCCGGGUGUAGCUAACGGCCCAGAUGGCGACAAACAAGUUGCCAAGAAACGCAAAGGGAUGCAGGUUUGCUGGUUGGCAGCCUUUCAGCAAGCGUGCUCAGGGAGGGCCAGACACGAGAGGGCCGACACGGCCAAUACGCCGCUCUUGCUUUCGCCCUUUCUUUUUCUGUCUCAUGCACACUCUAUCUCUGAACCUGACUGCCCUUCAAGCCUCAUCUCUGCCCGUGUCCCCUCUGUUCCAGUUUCCCUUCCGCCCAAAACCAAUGCGCCUGCUUGA